AUGUCGGGUUCAGCCGAGUUUGACUGGCUGACGUCGGAGAACACCACCGAGUUCGACUUCACCCGCUGCUUCAGACUGCCGGCGCGCCCGCCCUCCCCCCACACCAUCCACUGCCAUCGUCACUUCACCAAGUGCAACCACUGCCGCAUGACGCGUUACGCAGUCAGCUUUGCACUGGAAGCCAACGCCCACCACGACGCGACCGCUGCAGCCUUUGAGAACGGCAUCUCCCCCGUCCGCCAACAGGCAAGCUACGAGAGACGGAUCGCCGUCCCUGGUGCUCCGCGCGGUACUACUAAGCAGGUCACCAUCAAGUGUCCUGCCACCCGCAUGCUCCCUGUCCGACCGGCGGCUUCUUUCCGCCUGGACGGUCGAAGGAAGCGAUCAAUCGCAUCCUCUCUUGCAACUGAUCCUACUGGAACCCUCUAUCUUCAAACGGAAGCAGCGAUGAGUGGUCCUCAGCCCAAGAGGAGCCCUUUCAGUAUUGGUCGAAACCGAGACCUUGGCCCGACCAGAUUCGUCCCCGUCCCAGUUGCAUCGCUGGUCGUGCUGCCGCAGCCUGUCCCAAGACCAGCGCAGCAGCCUGAGGUCAAAAACAACAUGCAACCGGAACGCGGGAUUGCCGAGACAGUGUGGGCCACCGUCAACGGCACAUUGAACGGCACCGCCGGCCUUUGGAGAGCUGGCACCAGAUUCUUCACCUCUGUUCGUGCCAACCAUCAGGCGAACCAGGCUGCCCGAGUAGCACAGCCAGUUCAGCCAGUUAUCCAGCCGAACGUCCAGCCAAUUGUCCCAGUCGAAUUGCCGGAUGCCCAGGAUGAGCAAGCUGACACACCCACCACCAAGCGCCGCAAGACUGAGCAUGAUGACGCCAACACCGGCGUCGAUGACUUGGGGCUCCCUAUCGGCUUCGGCCAGGAGGACCUCCACGAAUCUCCCGUGCAAGAUCUUGGCGAAGAUUACGGUGAUCCAAUGGACAUCGACUCGGAGUCUGAAACAGAUGAGUCUCUGAUCAGCAAUAUUGGUAUUGGCUCAGGCCAGCAGAUGGAUGUCGACGCGAUGGAUAUCGACGACACCGCUGAGCUUGCGGAGGAGAUGACCUACACCCCGAGAGAACCCCUCCCGGGAUCUCAUCGCAGAGCUGUGGCAAGAGCUUUUAAACAUCUCCGACCUUCUUUUGCUCCCCUGCCGCCUGCGACUACUCCCCUGCCGCCUGCGACUACUUCCCCCGCAGCGUCGCCGUCUGCCAUCUUGGCUGCCACUGCCACGAUCCGCGAACACACUUCCCCCCCAUUCUCUAGCAGCAAGUGGUUUGAGUGUCAUGGAGAUCGAUCAUUGCCCGAUUUCCCUGCGCAACCACUGCCCAACGACGCUAAGAUUCGUGAGUUGGAGCGCCAGAAAGCAGAACGCAAGCGUAUCGAGGAGGAGGCAGACGCUCGUGCUGAGGCAGAGCGACAGGAGGCAGUUGCUCGUGCUGAGGCAGAGCGACAGGCCACUCUACUCAGAGGCAUUGGGCUACGCAAGCCUAAAUGCACACUCAUUACCAAGCUCUCACCCGAGUGGGAGCAGAAAGCGAUCGCCGCGCCCAAGAAGGGCAAGUUUGAUGGCCGGGAUGUCCACCCAGACGGUGUUGCUCUUCACGCCGAGGAGUUUGAAAGGUUGGUUGGACGCGAAUCGAAUUGGCUCAAUGACGACUGCAUACAUGCCUCCCUCGUGUGCCUGGCCGCCUCCAUCAAUCAAGCUGCCGGCAUCCGAACCAGGAACAGUACCCCCAAAUGCGUCGCCAUCUCAUCUCUAUACUGGGAAGGCUUCUCCGGUGACCAGGGCAAGCUCUUUCCUAGACCCUUCAGUCGCAAUUGGGGCAUGACCCCCAAAAACUUUCUCGAAAUCGACACCAUUCUCAUCCCAAUCAAUCACAACGCUCACUGGACUCUACUCGUCAUCCGACCGACCCGCAGGACUGUCGCUUACGUCGACUCCUUCCACUCCGCAGGCCGUCACCAGAUGACUCUUGCCUAUAAAUGGCUGGAGCUAUUCCUGGGAGACCGAUACGUUGCAAACGACUGGAAGGACGCGCGAUAUUCGGUACCCUCGCAGACCAACGGCCAUGAUUGCGGCAUGUUUGUCAUCACGAACGCCAUUUACCUGGCACUGGGGCUUGAUCCCAACAGUUACUCGCAGAAAGACAUGCCCCUGCAGCGAAAGCGAAUCGCUGCUAUGCUGUUGAACAAGGGUUUCCACGGAGCUUUUGACCUCUCCAAGCUCUGA